GGGGGGGGGUGGGGGGGCGGAAGAGGAGUGGAAAAAAGCGCAACAAAAUCAGGAGGAGGAAGACAAUGAGAGGCUGGACAAAAUCUGGGGAGAUCAAACAGCGUUGCUUCCCACCUACUCAAUCCCCAUCAUUUUCCAUGCCAACGUGAAAUACCUCUUCCCACCCUCUUUCUCUCUCUAACUCCUCCUCAUUAUUAUAAAGAACCUCUUCUCACUCACCUUUCCUCUGCACUUCUCUUCCUCUUUCUCUUUCUACAAAGCCAUGGAAGGCCAAGAGCCAGAGCUCGGGCCCUGUGAAUUCCAUGUUUUGGCCGUUGAUGAUAGCCUCUUAGAUAGAAAGCUUUUGGAGAGGCUUCUCACUACUUCUUCUUUUCAGGUUACUAGUGUGGAUUCAGGAAGUAAAGCUCUGGAGUUUCUGGGUUUGUUGGAUAGCUUGGAUCCUUCUCCACACCAGCAACAUGAUGUGAAAGUAAAUCUCAUAAUCACAGAUUACUGCAUGCCUGGCAUGACUGGUUAUGAUUUGCUCAAGAAAAUUAAGGAAUCAUCUUCUUACAAAGACAUCCCAGUGGUGAUCAUGUCAUCUGAAAACUUGCCUUCCAGAAUCAGCAGAUGCUUAGAAGGAGGUGCAGAGGAAUUCUUGCUGAAGCCUGUUCAGCUAUCAGACAUGAACAGAUUGAGACCCCACUUAUUGAAAUCCCAGACAUCAUGUGAAGAUAAGAUGAAUAAUGGAUGCGAGAGAGAAACAGCAGUUGAAUGUGAAAGUAUGUAUGAGAGAGAAAGCCCCAUGAACAGUGGUAUUGAUGAGUAUGAGAGCGAAAGUCCUGCUCGAAGUGAUGGCGGGCAUGAGAGAGAAAACAUAAGCAAGAGGAUAUCAGUUUCUCCUCCAUCUGAGAGAAGGAGACCCAAAUUCAGUGGCCGAGUCAUGAGUAAAUGUACAGCAUAGGGAGGAGAGAGAGUUUGGGUGAUUAUUAUGCAUGCCUAGAUCAGCAUUUUGUAUCUAUACUGCAGUUUUGUAGCUUUGCAGGUUGAAGGAAUUCAGAAUUAAGGGCUCAGUUGUCAUUAUUUA